AUGACAAUUGCAACAUCUGAUGAAAUAUUAAAAACAUUAGAAGAUCCCCAAUUCUUAGAAAUUGCUAAUCAUGACAUUAGAAAUAAAUUAAUUAAACAUAUAAGAUCUCAAGAUUUAAUUAUAAAUGAUUUAUCUCAUGAAUUAGAAACUUCAAGAACGGCAAAUAAAGCAUUUAAACAAGCCCUUAGUGAAAUAGGUACCGUGGUUAUUUCUGUAGCAAUGGGUGAUUUAUCUAAAAAAGUUGAAAUCCAUUCUGUUGAAAAUGAUCCCGAAAUUUUAAAAGUUAAAAUCACCAUAAAUACCAUGAUGGAUCAAUUACAAACAUUUGCUAAUGAAGUUACAAAAGUUGCUACCGAAGUUGCCAAUGGUGAAUUAGGAGGACAAGCUAAAAAUGAAGGUUCAGUGGGGAUAUGGAGGUCAUUAACUGAUAAUGUCAAUAUUAUGGCCCUUAAUUUAACUAAUCAAGUUAGAGAAAUUGCUGAUGUUACAAGAGCAGUUGCCAGUGGUGAUUUAUCAAGAAAAAUUAAUGUACAUGCCCAGGGGGAAAUUUUACAAUUACAAAUGACUAUUAAUACUAUGGUUGAUCAAUUACGUACUUUUGCAUUUGAAGUUUCGAAAGUUGCCCGAGAUGUUGGUGUAUUGGGGAUUUUAGGAGGACAAGCUUUAAUUGAAAAUGUUGAAGGGAUUUGGAAAGAAUUAACUGAUAAUGUAAAUGCCAUGGCCUUGAAUUUAACUACUCAAGUUAGAAAUAUUGCUAAUGUUACUACUGCAGUUGCUAAGGGGGAUUUAUCGAAAAAAGUUACAGCUGAUUGUAAAGGAGAAAUCUUAAAUUUAAAACUUACAAUCAAUCAAAUGGUGGAUCGAUUACAAAAUUUCGCAUUAGAAGUCACAACUUUAUCAAGAGAAGUUGGUACUUUGGGUAUAUUAGGAGGACAAGCCAAUGUUCAAGAUGUCGAAGGAGCUUGGAAAGCAGUCACCGAGAAUGUCAACCUCAUGGCCACAAAUUUAACCAAUCAAGUCCGUGCCAUCGCUACCGUCACCACGGCAGUUGCUCAUGGUGAUUUAUCCCAAAAAAUCGAUGUUCAUGCCCAGGGGGAAAUCUUACAAUUAAAAAACACCAUUAAUAAAAUGGUGGAUAGUUUACAAUUAUUCGCCAGUGAAGUGUCAAAAGUUGCCCGGGAUGUGGGUAUAAAUGGUAAAUUGGGUAUUCAAGCCCAAGUCAGUGAUGUGGAUGGAUUAUGGAAAGAAAUUACUUCGAAUGUAAACACAAUGGCAUCAAAUCUUACUUCUCAAGUGCGUGCUUUCGCCCAAAUCACCGCCGCGGCCACUGAUGGGGAUUUCACCCGGUUUAUUACGGUUGAGGCAUCAGGGGAAAUGGAUGCUUUGAAAACGAAGAUUAAUCAAAUGGUUUUGAAUUUACGAGAAUCGAUUCAAAGAAAUACGGCGGCCAGAGAGGCGGCGGAAUUGGCCAAUAGUGCCAAAUCGGAAUUUUUGGCCAAUAUGUCUCAUGAAAUUAGAACUCCCUUGAAUGGGAUAAUUGGAAUGACUCAAUUGUCAUUGGAGACGGAGUUGACGCAAUAUCAGAGGGAGAUGUUGAGUAUUGUUCAUAAUUUGGCUAAUUCGUUGUUGACUAUCAUUGAUGAUAUUUUGGAUAUUUCGAAGAUUGAAGCUAAUAGAAUGACAGUUGAACAGAUUGAUUUUUCAUUGAGGGGGACGGUGUUUGGAGCAUUGAAGACAUUGGCGGUUAAAGCGAUUGAAAAAUCUUUGGAUUUGACAUAUCAAUGUGAUUCUAGUUUUCCGGAUAAUUUAAUUGGUGAUUCAUUUAGAUUAAGACAAGUUAUUUUGAAUCUUGCUGGGAAUGCUAUUAAAUUUACCAAACAGGGGAAAGUUACUGUUAGUGUUAAAAAAGCCAUUAAUCAAAAGAAACAAGAAGAUGGGGAUAAGUUGUUAUUAGAAUUUUGUGUGAGUGAUACUGGAAUUGGGAUUGAGAAGGAUAAAUUGGGAUUAAUUUUUGAUACUUUCUGUCAAGCUGAUGGUUCAACUACCCGGAAAUUCGGAGGGACUGGGUUAGGGCUUUCGAUUUCAAAACAAUUGAUUCAUUUAAUGGGUGGUGAGAUUUGGGUGACUUCGGAGUAUGGACAUGGAUCGAAUUUCUAUUUCACAGUGAGUGUUUCACCUUCGAAUAUUAGAUAUACCAGACAAACAGAACAAAUGUUACCUUUUAGUGGCCAUUAUAUAUUAUUUGUCAGUACUGAACAUACCGAAUCUGAAUUGGAAGAAAUUAGACAAAAUUUAUUUGAAUUAGGAUUAAAUCCAGUAUUUGUUCGACAAAUUGAACAAGCCAAUUUAACCGAUCCCAAUAAAUAUGACAUCAUCAUUAUUGAUUCCUUAGAAACCGCCAAGAAAUUACAACUUGUGCCCGAGGUUAAAUAUAUCCCCUUGGUAUUAUUACAUCAUUCAAUCCCGGAAUUGAAUAUGCGAGUCUGUAUCGAUCUCGGAAUCUCCUCAUAUGGAAACACCCCAUGUACGAUCACUGACCUUGCCCUGGCCAUCAUCCCCGCUUUGGAAUCUCGAUCAAUCUCACAAAACUCGGACGAAUCAGUCAGAUAUAAGAUCUUGUUAGCGGAAGAUAAUCUCGUGAAUCAAAAACUCGCCGUCCGGAUCUUGGAAAAACAAGGACAUCAAGUUGAAGUUGUCGAAAAUGGUUUAGAAGCGUUUGAAGCAAUUUGUAAAACCCGAUAUGAUGUCGUAUUGAUGGAUGUUCAAAUGCCGGUGAUGGGAGGAUUUGAAGCUACGGAAAAGAUUCGACAAUGGGAAAAGAAAUCCAAUCCGAUUGAUUCAUUGAGUUUAAGAACUCCGAUUAUUGCCUUGACGGCGCAUGCGAUGUUGGGAGAUCGGGAAAAGAGUUUAGCGAAGGGGAUGGAUGAUUAUGUGUCAAAACCAUUGAAACCGAAGUUGUUAAUGCAGACGAUAAAUAAAUGUAUUCAUAAUAUUAAUCAAUUGAAAGAAUUGUCGAAACAGAAUAAUAAUAAUCGAUUGAGUGAUUUUGCUAAGAAUUUGAAACAUAAUAACAAUAGUCAAAAUAAUCGUAAUAAUAAUUCUGUGAAUGGGAAUUCGAAUCGAAAUGGGAAUGAGAAUGGCUCUACGACUGGUGGGUUAUUUGAGAAUAAUAAUAAUAAUAAUGGAAAUGGUGUGGAAAGGCAAGCUAGUCCAAGUAUUAGAAAGGUCUUAUCGGAUGAUUAUCUAAGUCCAAGACCUGGCAAGUUGAGUACGCACAGUAGAUCAGUUUCAUAUAAUAGUCCCCAAAUCACGGUGUUAGAUGACGAUGAUGAUGAGGGUGAGGGUGUGCAUGGCGGCGGUGGCAGUGGUGGUGGUAAUGAAGAAGAAGUAGAGAUGGUGGGGUUUGAGGAUGUGAUGGAGGUGGAUGAUAAUUCGGAGAUGAAUUGA